ACUAAAGAACCUUUGACCCUAUAAAAAAAACCCUCCUUCAGAUUAAAACAACACUCACUAACGUUUGUUUUGUGUAGCUUUCAGAAUACUCCCCCAAUAUCAAAAUAAUAAAAAUGAAUAAUAUCAUGAAAUUAUUCUCUAUUUUUGUCGUGUGUAUCCUCCAAGUCCAAAUAGCCUUGUCUCAACAAAAUCAGACGACUACUGAACCAACCAAUGUACAACGAAUCUGCAAGCUAAACAUUAAUCCAAGUCUAUGCAUCUCGACUCUCGAUCUUGAUCCUAGAAGCAAGAACGCAAGUGCCCCUGAGCUUGCGUUGAUCUCUGUGGACGCGACGUCAAAGAAAGUGAACGAGACGUUAGAAUAUCUCAUCUCGGUUCGUAAAAACGUCACAAACGCUCAAGACUCCACGAAGUACGAUGCUUGUAUCAAGGCGUACCGUACGGCAGUUCAUAUGUUCCUACCGGCAGCUUUGGCGGAUUUGAAAUUGAAAUCUAGGAGCUAUUCUCGGGCAGCGUCUGAAAUGAAAAGCGUUGUGUCGGUGUCGGAUGAGUGCCAGGCGCAAUUUGCCGGAAGUUCACCGUUAACCGAACGUAACAAAGUCGUCCAUGAUAUCGCCGGAAUGAGUAGUGACUUUAUCAGAUAUUUCUAUGAAAAUUAAUAAUCUAGACUUGUUUUUGUAAUAAGUUCAAAGGUGUAACGGAAUAAGUUUUUAAACAAAAAUUAUGAAUAAAAAACCUAACUGAGAUAUA